AUGAACUUCUACCAUGUCUUCAAGGGUAAAUACGUGGUUUGCUUUGACCCUCUUGAUGGUUCAUCCAAUAUUGACUGUCUUGCUUCAAUUGGGACCAUCUUUGCCAUCUACAGGAAGUGCACAGACAGUGACCCGUCUGAGAAGGAUGCCCUGCAACCUGGCAGAAACAUAGUGGCUGCUGGAUAUGCACUAUAUGGCAGUGCCACCAUGAUUGUCCUCUCCACUGGUCAGGGAGUCAACUGCUUCAUGUUAGAUCCAGCUAUUGGGGAGUUCAUUCUGGUUGACAGAGAUGUGAAGAUUAAGAAGAAAGGCAAGAUCUACAGUCUGAAUGAAGGUUAUGCCCUUUAUUUUGAUCCUGCUGUCACAGAGUACCUGCAGAAGAAAAAGUUUCCGGAGGAUGGCAGUGCACCCUAUGGAGCCCGUUAUGUAGGCUCAAUGGUGGCAGAUGUGCAUCGGACACUUGUUUACGGAGGAAUCUUCCUUUACCCUGCAAAUGUGAAGAGCCCCAAAGGAAAGCUCAGACUGCUCUAUGAGUGCAACCCCAUGGCCUUCAUCAUGGAGCAGGCCGGAGGGAUGGCCACCACAGGGACCACCAACAUCCUGGACAUCCAGCCCGAGAGCCUCCAUCAGCGGGUACCUGUGGUGAUGGGUUCCCCUGAUGAUGUCCGAGAGUACAUCUCCAUCUUUCAGAAACAUCAUAAAUGAAGAGCAAUAGUCAGAAUGUACAACUAAGACUCAAAGAAUCAUGAAGAUAUAUAAACACUCCAAAAUAAGAUACCAAAGUAUUCAUACUUUCAAAAUACCUCGAUAUCAAAUCACUACCCCUAAAACCAAAUGUUUUUAUACACUGUAUGCCUCCAUGAAGAAAUAUAAGAAGAAUUUUUGAGGACAGUGAUUUUUUUAUUUUUAUCUAAACUUGACAUCAGUAAAGUAGAACAUUUAGUUGAGGCUGUUUUUAGAGAAACACACUGUUUUCCACAUUAGAUUGUUUCCCUGAGUGUUAUCGGCUGCUGAAAUUGUUGUUGGCCAAAAAGACAGAAGCAAGUUCAUGGCAGCAAUGAGGAUGAUUUGAAUUAAAGUUGAUCUUGUUUCUGUCUGUACAGACAGACCAAAUAAUCACUUGUGCCUUAUUGCACCCUAUUGAGGGAAGCUGUGAAUAAAGUUCUUGACAAAACCAGA